AUGGUGAUCAGCUUCAUUUCCUCAGAAAGUAGAAAACUGACAUGGAUCUUGGCGCUGCUGCUCAUCCUGUUGAUGAUGAUUCAAGUCCACGGCCAAUCUGGGUUCAUAAACAUCGACUGUGGAUGGAAAAACAGUAGUGCCUACAUCGACAACACCUUAGGAAUAGUGUACAGUUUUGAUAGUGAAUUUGUCGAGGGCGGCCUGAACCACGAGAUUUUACCAGAGUUCAUGGCUGGUGUAGGAAAUGACCAACAAAAAACUCUGAGGAGCUUCCCUGACGGGUCAAGAAAUUGCUAUACGCUGACAUCCAACCGCAGUAAGAAGUAUCUACUGAGGGCCACAUUUACUUACGGCAACUAUGAUAGGUUGAACAAGACUCUGGAUGGGUCGCUGUUUCUGUUUGGGCUCCAUAUCGGCGUCAAUUUCUGGGAGGCGGUGAACUUGACAAAUUGGGAUCCAUCACUCACAGUAUGGAAGGAGGUGCUCACCGUUGCUCCGGGCAACUCCGUGUCCGUCUGUCUGAUAAACUUUGGUUCAGGAACUCCAUUCAUAUCUUCGCUGGAGCUUAGGCCCCUGCACGAUACCAUGUACCCUUUUGUGAACACUUCUGUGUCAAUAAGCUACUUCAGACGAAUCCGAUUUGGCAACGUCACCGACUUUAUCACAAGAUAUCCAACGGACAAUUAUGACCGGUUCUGGGAGAGCUGGGCCUCCACGUCAUACCCCUGGAUCAACCUGAAUACUGGCAAUAAAGUGAAUAGCCUCCCUGGCAGCGACGCUUUCAGCGUGCCGUCAGUCAUCUUGCAAAAGGCCUCGACCCUAGACAGAAAUUACUCCUUCAUAAGCAUCGAUGUGGCAGCAGGUCCCAAUCAAGACGCCAAGAGCCUGCAGCUUCUCCCAAUCUUUCACUUUGCUGAGAUCAACGGGAACAACCCAAACAGGAGGUUUGACAUCUACAGCACUGGCGAAUUGUUGUUCUCAGACUUCUCCCCGUCACGAUUCCAGGUGGACAGCAUGCACCAGAAUGGCCGGUUCUUGUACAACCCCAGCGCAUCCUUCCUCCUGAACAAGACGCGCAGCUCGACACUCCCGCCGCUCAUCAAUGCGUUCGAGCUGUACUCCCUAGUUCGGAUGGAUAACCUCACCACUGACUCCAAUGAUGUCACUUGCAUCAAAGAAGUCAAGAAGCACUACAAUUUAGCAAGAAUAGACUGGAAUGGAGAUCCAUGCUCCCCAAGAGAAUAUUCCUGGGAAGGUUUGACUUGCGACUACUCAAAGAGCAACCAGAAUCCAAGGAUUGUCGCAGUAGACCUGUCUACCAGCGGACUGAAAGGUGGGUUAGCCAUAUCAUUCAUGGCCAUGGUAUCACUGGAAAACUUGGACUUAUCACACAACAAUCUGACGGGAAUUAUUCCAGACUAUCAACUUAAGUCGCUCAAAAUUCUCAAUUUGUCCAAUAACCAGAUAGAUGGGCCAAUCCCUGAUUCUAUUCUUCAAAGAGUUCGGGCCGGUUUGCUUGAUUUAAGAUUAGAAGGCAAUCCCAUAUGCUCAAAAGUCAAAGAUACGUACUGCUCAAAUAAGAAGAAGAAAAGCAUACAUAUAUUGCUCAUCGCAGUGAUAGUUCCGGUAGUACUGAUAUCCCUCCUAGUAGUGAUGUGCAUACUCUGGAAGUUAUGCUGGAAAGGGGAAUCGGAAGAUAGUGAGGAUUAUGGUAUGUAUGAAGAGGAAACCCCCUUACGUAUUGACAUUAGACGGUUCACGUAUGCAGAACUGAAGCUCAUAACAAACGACUUCAAAAGAAUUGUUGGAAAAGGAGGUUUUGGUAUUGUUUAUUAUGGCACACUAGAAAAUGGUGACGAAGUAGCUGUUAAGGUGCUUAUGGAGACAUCAAUAGCAGAGUCAAAAGACUUCCUCCCUGAGGUACAAACCUUGUCCAAAGUUCAUCACAAGAAUCUUGUGGCUUUGAAAGGAUAUUGCCAAAACAAGAAAUGCCUCGCACUCGUUUACGACUUCAUGUCCAGAGGAAAUCUUCAACAGCUUAUCAGAGGAGGAGAUGACUUCAGUUUGAAUUGGGAACAACGACUUCAUAUUGCACUUGAUUCGGCACAAGGACUGGAGUAUCUACAUGAAUCAUGCACCCCGUCAAUAGUUCAUAGAGAUGUGAAGACCCCCAACAUCCUUCUGGAUAAGAAUCUAGUGGGAAUAAUAUCUGAUUUUGGGCUUUCACGGGCUUUUAAUGAUGCUCACACGCACAUAUCUACUGUUGCUGCUGGCACUCUUGGCUACCUUGACCCCGAGUACCACGCAACUUUUCAACUCACAGUCAAGACAGAUGUAUUCAGCUUCGGAAUCGUGCUCUUGGAGAUCAUCACUGGCCAGCCCCCGGUAGUGAUAGAGCCGCCUCGUACCUUCCACCUACCAAACUGGGUACGCCAAAAGAUCGCCAAAGGCAGUAUUCAUGAUAUCGUGGAUAAGAGGCUGCUGGGUCAGUACGACGCCAGUUCCCUGCAGAGUGUGGUAGACCUUGCCAUGAACUGUGUCGAAAACUCAGCCAUCGACAGGCCGACCAUGACCGAGGUUGUUUCAAGGCUCAGAGUGUGGUUGCCGUCCGUUUCAAGUGACAAGCAAUCUAUUUCUGCGACCCCUCGGCGUACGGACUCCAUGGAUACUGAAAUGCGAAGGAAGUUCCACUUGCUGAUUUCUGCAGCAGGCAACGAGGAGAGCUCCUUCAUGUCUGGUUAUACCAGCGGGACGUCAGAAUUAAUUAGUGGGACGUCGGAAUUGAUGCCCUUAUCUGGACGGUGAAAGUGAA